ACGGAAUACGCCGAAAGGUCAAUUUGCUGUUAGAGACACGCGACAAAAUGUAAUCGCGACGCUACAAAUCACUAUGACGUUAGGGAAGAGACGUUGUGAAAGCGACCAACCGUCUCCAACGUCUCUUCAAGUUGACCCUUGAGAUCUAGCAGACCAACAUCUAACAUUGAUAUGAACUGGCAAGGCCACUCCAGCCGCGAGGAGGUACAAGCUAGCGGUAUCUUAGACAGGAAGGCGCAACAACAGCAUGAGAACGGCUGCGACUCUUCACCGCGCUUAAAAAUACAGACAUGCUCGCAAUGUCAUGGCCAUCGCAUCGAAAAAGUCUUGUACAACUUUAUGGUUUUGGACCGUACGUGUUCCAAGUGCGAUGGAGAAGGCGUUUGUCAGCGCUAAAAAUUGGACCACAAGAUACUUUAAAUCUUAAUAAAAUUGUAUGUUGUUUCUGGGAUCUGUUGGCUUUCUGAGUGAAACUUGACGUUAGUGAUAAUAGUGAUAAGCUCUGAGCGUACGACGCUGUGGGAGCACAAAGCUGUAACACUCCAAUGCAACAGAAGAGCGAAGAAAAAUGAUUUUAAUUACAUCAACAUUUACACACUACCUGUCCACACUGUGCAAAAAGGUCUACAUGUCGUUAUUGGUACGUCGCUUCAAUUAGCGCGUUUACUGCUUUGCAAAAUUCAACAAAUAUUACGUGCAAUGAAUGGCUCUC